AUGAUCUUGGAAUAUCCUUAUGAUGCUUUGUCAGCACAAAUUGUCAAUAUUGCAGAGAGUCAUUUUGAAAUCGGGCAUAACCAAGAAAGAAUUGUUAUUUUUAUGAACAAGAAUGGCUCUACACUGAUUCUUGAACCAAAUUGCGGAAUGAAUACAAUAGAAAAUAUCAAGUCCUAUAAAAUUAUGAUAUAUCCUCGUUUCAUCAAUACAAAAAUAGUUACUGUUGGGUCUACAACAGAAAUGACUAUUGACAUCACUGACAAGGUUUCAAAUAUAAUUUCGAGUUAUUUUGAAGGCAACAUUUGUAUACUCAAAGACUAUUACACGCUUUUUGCUACAGAAGAUGAAUUGAAUCCUAGACCAUUAGAUCCAAGAAAACCAUUAAAUUUCUCAACUUUAAAGUUUGAUCGUUUUAUUCUUCAGCGUUACUUAUUUAUCUUUCCACCACACUUAAUGACUGAAUUGGAGCCGUCAAUGAUGAUGUUCUAUGAUUGCAGAAGAUAUAUAUAUGAGCACAACGAACUUGAAAUUGACAACUCUCUCCUGAUUCUUCUGACUGUCUUUGAUACAUACGCUUUAGAUGAGGACAGUUUAACCAACGGAACAUUCGAUCUUAGCAAAUACAUACCUCCUUACGCUCAAUUUUCUUACGUUUUGAAUGAUGAAGUACUUCAGGUAGCCAAAACAGUUAGAAGUAAAGACAAAAUACAUAUUUUGCAGAAUUAUGUGAAGCUUGCGCGAAAAAUCCAUAAUUUUGGCGAGACAAAAUAUCAAAUCCCCGAUUCUAACAUGUUUGUAACAAUUGAUCCUUAUGGAGUUACAUUCUAUAAUGAUAAUAAAGAAAAGAUCGGUCUAAAGAUAUUAUUCCCCAAUAUCACUGAAAUUAAGUUAGAUAAAACAGUUAUUCACCUUAAAUUUUACAACAAGAACACCAGAAUUAUUGAUGAUAUUGAUUAUGAUCUUGGUCAGAUGUGUAAUUCCUUCAACAUGCAUCUUUUGACUUCGAUUGAAGUAUUAAAUCGGGAAAUCAAAAUUGCUCAAGAAAAGAACGCUAUAUCAAAGAAAAGAGUUGAGUCAAUUGAUGACUUGAAAGGUACCUAUCAUGUUGAAUUCAAGAAACUCCUCAGAAAACUUGAAUUUUCAACAGAUAUUGCAUCAAAAGAAGCAGAAUUAGAUGAGUCUUAUGAAAGAAUUGCUUCAUUUUAUGGAGUCAAAUGCGAAGUCACUGAAGGUGUCAGACACCUCAUGCACAUGAAGAACAAACUCUCAAACAACAAUGCAGCAGAGUUAGAAGAUCUUCAAUUGAUUAAAGAGAAACUUACGAAAGUUAACAGCAUUUUCAUGGAGACAAGGACUAAAAUGAGAAAUCACAAUUUGAACAGCGAAAACCAUUUAGCAGCUUUUAACGAGUGUUAUGAGAAAUUGCAGAAUGGAAUUUCGACUGUUUCAAGCAGAUGGGAUCAUAUUUCAACAAGAGGAAUGAUGGAAGAGAAGAUACAGUUUGCUUCAAGGCUUCUGGAAUUGCUGACAUUCUACUGGACUGAAGCAAACUUCCUUGACAUCUUGCAAGGAAAACUUUCAACAUUUGAAAGAAUGAAAGCUAAGAAAAAUCCAGCUGACGUUAAAAAACAAAUCUUAGACCUUCAGAUGGCUAUUGCUAUGUUCAUUCAGCAGAAUGAAGAAACAAUUCAUGUCGAUCAUGUAAGAAUGCCACCACGUUUAUCAGAAGCUAUUAUUUUCCAAUAA